CUGGCGAUCGUGUGCUGGCUGGCUGGCUGGCUGGCUGGCUUGCCCGGAGAACCGUUCUGGCUUGCCCACACGCUGGUGGGGCAUUUACGUUUCAGAACGUUAUCAGGCACUCGUUCUUCUGCUGUGGGUUGUUAUCAGCCACGUUUCGUCAGGCUCGUCCCGCUCUUCCUGUAGUUAUCUCGCUUGCUUCCAUGGAAAUGUUAUACGUACGGUCCAGUGCAGACGAAAAGAGAAACAAAAUAACACACCGAGCAUCGUGCAACCAUGCAUCGGUUCGUGCGCUUGUGAACGCAGCCAGCCUUUCGGAUGCUGUACCAACCCCAGCGACCAAGUUAGUCGCUGACUGAACGCGAACAGCUUCACUCGGCAGGGCAGAGUCAACGGCAAGAAAAGCCACCAGAGCGUACGCACGGUGCUCCUCUGUGCUUAAUGUAGCGUUGUAGUUUGGCCAGGUGUAUUCGUCGGUACUGCGUUUAAAGCGUUCUGUGCAAUUGAAUAUUGUGAAUUGUGCUUCCACUAUCACGGGUGACAGUGUACUACCCAAAGGCAAUCGAGCGCCAACGACGACACAGCUACAAAAGUGGCCACCGGGAGCGAUGUUUAGAUUUCAUUCACCGUGCUCAUUUACUCUGCUGUGUGCGAUCGCACUAGUGGCCGUACUUAUCAGGUCGACGCAGAGCUGCGAUCUGGACCAAACGCAACAGGGAUGCCGGAUAGAUAACGGUCAGUGCACUUGUGCGUUUGGCUGCAAAUCGGAAUUUCGCUACGCCACCAAGAAGGAGUGCCAGGAUGCAUUGAAGGGACGCUCCAGUGACAUCUGCAACCGACAGCCAUGCAUGAACGGGGGUACGUGCACGCAAGUAACGACAAUGCCACAGUACAAGUGUCGCUGCGAAGGAACCGGCUACUGGGGUAACCGAUGUCACCGAAUGUGCCCUAAACCCGACCAGCUGCCCCCGGGCACCAAGUUCCCUCACGAGUGUGUCGUUAUUUAGAUACUGGCUUUUGAUUUCGUUCCUCCGUCACAUAGUUAGAUCCAAUUACAUCAGUAUACGUAUAAGUCGAAUCUCUACCAGGAAAGGGGCGCGAAAGAGAGACGGAUUUAGUACAAUGAAAAGAGUAGCAAAGUGUUUGUUUAUCACUAACCCUGCACGCCCGUUUCUACCAAACUUAUAACCAUACUGUACCCUUGUAUGUGUCGCGCGGCACACUCUACACGCGGCAUCAUUUGUUACGACGAACCCAUGACGAUAAUACGCAUUGAUAAGCCUUUGCUUACCCACAUCAUAUGGGCACCCCUUUCACACUACCUACAGCAGCCGCAAACAGAUGAAAUAGCACUGUAAUGCACGAAGCGGUUAGGACGGACGGAGUGCCUAUAAAGCAAAUGUAAUAUCUGUACGUACUGGUGAAUGAUACAGAACACUGAUCUAGAACCAUUUGAUAAAAACAACAACAACAAAGUCCCUCGCACCAAACACUACUCUAGCAAAUACGACGAACAGUUUGAAUCAAACUAGCUCUUAGACAAUAUUGUUUCACAAUAAAGUUCUAUUUUCAAUAAAUUUGUUGAAUUGAAAAA